UAGUCGCCCUGGGGAGCUAGGGAAGCGAAAGCUAACACGUGGAAAUAGCUGAUUUUUGCCGUAUUUUGCUCUUUUCACUUCGGAGGGGGGGGGGGCGGCGUGCUGCCUUCUGUUAAACCGAAGUAUCGGAAGGUUGACGGCUACCUCUCGGUCGUAACCGUCAUGGCGGACAACGUGGACGAGGACUCCCCGGACAGAAUCAAAGCGGGGGACUACGUGGUGUUGAAACGGGGAGAUAUCUUCAAAGCGGUGCAAAUUCAACCGAAGAAGAAGGCGAUGUUCGAGAAGCAGUGGUUCCUCCCGGACACCGCCGUGGGGCAGCUGUACGGCAGCACCUUCGAUGUGGCGCCCGGGGGCAUCCUGCAGCCGCGGAAGCCCAAAGACACCGAGGGCUCCACCGAUGCGAACGAGGCCGGCACAGACAACAGACACAUUUUGGACGAUGGGAAAUCACAGAAGCUGACCAGGGAUGACAUCGAGAUCCUGAAAGGGCAAGGUCUGAAGGAUCAGGAAAUCAUUCAGCAGCUUGUAGACAACAGCUCUACAUUCAGAGAUAAGACUAAAUAUGCCCAGGAUAAGUACAUCAAGAAGAAGAAAAAGAAGUAUGAAAACACUGUGACGAUUCUGAGGCCGUCCUGUCGCAUCCUGGCUAUGAUGUACCACGGCCGGGAACCGGGGAAGAUCUGCCACAUGCGGUACGACAUGCUCGCCCAGAUGUUGACUCUGGCAAACAUCCACGCGGGCAGCAAAGUGUUGGUGUUCGAGACGUGCGCUGGCCUCGUGCUGGGCUCCGUCAUGGAAAGGAUGGGGGGCUACGGCUCAGUGAUCCAGAUGUUCCCGGGAGGUGGGCCCGUGCGGGCGGGUGUGGAGAGCUUUGGCUUCCCUGCACAUUUUCACGAUACGCUGCACGAGUUUCCCAUCUGCCAUGUCAACGCUCUGCUGGCGGGCACUCUGGACACCGCUUGCAAAGACCCCCCUGCUGCUUCUAAGCCGUCCGUCGCGUCUGCAGAGGAGGAGCAAAACCCGCCUACGGCAGAACCGACGAGCUGUCCGGAGGAACUGAAAAUGGAGGCGGAACCGACGAGCUGUCCAGAGGAACUGAAAAUGGAGGCGGAACCGACAGAACCGACGAGCUGUCCAGAGGAACUGAAAAUGGAGGCGGAACCGACAGAACCGACGAGCUGUCCGGAGGAACUGAAAAUGGAGUCCAAGAGUGGCGCCGAGAAAAUCAACGACCCGGAGAAAGAAGAGAGGGAGAAACGCAUCGAAGCCAAAGCUCAGGAAAGAAAGGUGAAGCUGGAGGAGAAGCGGAAGAAGCUGGCAUCUGCCGCCGCCCUGCUGGAGGGCAGGAACGCUGACGGCUUGGUGAUAGCCAGCCGGUUUCACCCGUGUCCCGUCCUCCUGGGCCUCAUCCAGUUCCUCUCCCCGUCCAGGCCUUUCGUCGUCUACUCCCAAUACAAAGAGCCUCUGAUCGAGUGCUUCACAAAGCUCAAGGAGCGUGGCGGUACGGUGAACCUCAGACUCACAGACACCUGGCUCAGACGUUACCAGGUGUUGCCCAACCGGACGCAUCCCCUGCUGCUGAUGAGCGGGGCCGGGGGCUUCAUCCUCUCGGGAACAACGGUCGCCGUGGACGACUCCAAACCCGCCAACUCCCAGCGAGCCGAGGAGCCGGCGGCAAAGAGACAGAAAGUGGACGGACGCUGAAGGCGCAUUUCCAGCUGCCUGUAGGGCUUGUUUUUGUUGUUUUUGUUGUUUUACAUUUUUCUCCAGCGUCUGAACUGGUUUUGACGCCUCUGGUGUGAGCGAGACGGAGUGGAGUGUCUGGUUUGUGUUCAUCAGAGGACCCCCCCCACCCCCCCUCUCUUGUGUAGUCAGAUCAGCGCAGAGGAAUGCGUAAAGCUGACGUGACGCCUGCAGGCCGAGCACUGUGAGCGCAGUGUGUGUGUGUGCGUGCGCGUGCGCGUGUGUGUGUGUGUGUGUGUGGAGAGUAAGUUUUAUGCCUCAAGACCAGGUGUAAAAACUUUUUUUUUUUUUUUUUACCCCCACAGUUGAUGCUCUCCAGCUUCUACAUUCACACUUUAUUUGAAUUAUUAUUAUUUUUUUGUUUUAUAAUUAGUUUCCCCUGCAUAAAGUGCCAUUUAGUUAUAUCAUCCAGCUCUUUAUGUGGCUUUGACUGUAAGUUACAUCUGAAUCUUCACAGAAUUAAAGAGCAGUACUAAAAGA